CAAAAAUCGAGGAAUAACGACGCAUUCAUGGAUUACAGAACCAUCUUAUGAGAAUCUCUUUGCCGAAUCCAUCGAAAUCCAAAUCGGAGCAGCUACUGCUACCUGUGGUGGAUCGCAAUCCUUAGGGUUAGGGUUCCAGCUCAAAUUUCCGGCAAAAUGUUGAAGAAAUUCAUGGGAGGAGGGAACAAGAAGCCCUCCAAGUCCGACUCCGCCGAUGCUAUCGCCGGCACCGGCAACAAUGUCGUCGUCAACCACGCCUCCCGUGGAGCUUUACCUGCGCCAGCGCCAAAUUCCGCUGGAAUACCGUCUGCUCCGCCUCCACCGUCCGGUGUCAUGGAGGUCCUGCCGGCGUUCCGCGACGUUCCGGUGGGGGAACGGCAGAAUCUGUUCCUCCGUAAGCUUCAGGUUUGUUGCUUCGUCCUCAACUUCUCCGACACGCUGAAGAACGUUCGAGAGAAGGAGAUCAAGCGGCAAACGCUGAUGGAGCUCGUUGAGUUCAUCCAAUCUGGCUGCGGAAAAUUAUCGGAGCAUUGCCAAGAAGAAAUGAUUCGAAUGAUUUCGGUUAACAUUUUCCGGUGCCUCCCUCCGGCGUCGUACGAGAACACCGGGCAAGAAGCCACCGACCCCGAGGAGGAGGAGCCUUCUAUGGAUCCCGCUUGGCCUCACUUGCAACUCGUUUACGAGCUUCUCCUGCGAUACGUUGUUUCUUCAGACACCGAUACGAAGGUUGCGAAACGGUACAUUGAUCACUCUUUCGUGUUGAAAUUGCUUGAUUUGUUUGACACAGAGGACCCUAGGGAGCGUGAGUAUCUGAAAACUAUACUUCACCGUAUAUAUGGAAAAUUCAUGGUUCAUAGACCGUUUAUUAGGAAGGCGAUUAAUAAUAUAUUCUAUCGGUUUAUAUAUGAGACUGAGAGGCAUAGUGGAAUUGGUGAGCUUUUGGAGAUUCUUGGUAGUAUUAUUAAUGGAUUUGCAUUGCCAAUGAAGGAGGAGCAUAAGUUGUUCCUUGUGAGGGCUUUGUUGCCUUUGCAUAAGCCUAAGUCGCUCGCCAUGUACCAGCAGCAGUUGUCUUACUGCAUUACUCAGUUUGUUGAGAAGGAUUUCAAGCUUGCAGAUACCGUUAUUAGGGGCUUGCUCAAGUACUGGCCUGUUACCAAUUGCCAGAAGGAGGUUCUCUUCCUUGGAGAACUCGAGGAAGUGCUUGAGGCCACGCAGCCUGCCGAGUUCCAGCGCUGCAUGGUUCCCCUUUUUAGACAGAUUUCCCGCUGCCUCAAUAGCUCUCACUUUCAGGUUGCCGAGCGGGCUCUCUUUUUGUGGAAUAAUGAGCACAUUGUGAGCUUAAUUGCCCAAAACAGAGCCGUAAUAUUACCAAUAUUAUUUCAUGCACUUGAGAAAAAUAUAUCGAGUCAUUGGAACCAGGCUGUUCACGGGCUUACUAUGAAUGUUCGCAAGAUGUUUUUGGAAAUGGACGCUGAGUUGUUCGAACAGUGUCAGAGACAACAUGCAGAGAAAGAGGCUAACGCCAAAGAUGUUGAAGAGCAGAGGGAACUAAAUUGGAAGAGAAUAGCAGAUGCUGCAGCACAAAAUGGGGUGGAUGAUAUGGUCACAGAUUAGCUUCCAUAGAUUACUACUGAAACUGCAAGUGUGAAUUUAAUAGGUGAAGAAUGAUGAGUACGCCACUCUCCAUAAUCGUGUCAUAAUUUAUUGGUUUUUUUCUUUUAUAUACAUAUAUAUAAUUUCCAGCCUAAUUUUUUACCACGAAUAUCUUAUAUUUCUCUCUUUUGGGAUAAUCAGCAUUUUGAAGAGAGCAGUCAUUAAUGUAACUUAUUGGAAAUUGUUAGCAAUUUUUUGUUUACAAGUUCUAAGCAAUGUCUGCAGAUUAAGGAUGUUUUGUGAAACACUUUCAUGUAUUUUUCUCCUUUUACAAAGAGAAAUACGGAAAAGAUCUUUUCUUGUUCUUU